UUGGCGUUCACAUCGAGAGUGGCAGCAGCAACAAGUCAGCCCAAAGUCCAAGGAUCAGAUCAGAGUUCGGUUUAGCCAAAUCCCAAAAGCAAAUAGUACCCACAAUUAACAGGAAUCGUCUACAGUUCGUCGUCUGGCACCAGAUUUGUCCAAUUUCGCGACGCCACUUAAAUUGCCGGCCAUUUCCAGCCCAUCCCCAAAUCAACGCAAGGAAUCGUUGAAAACCCCAUCAAAAUGAUGAAAUACGUGCAGAUUCUGUUGUGCUAUGGCCUGCUCCUGGCUCUGGUCUUCUCCGUCAGCGAGGCCCGACCCUCCACAGCCGAAACAGGACCCGAUGCCGAUGGUCUGGAGGGACAGGAGGGUGAGGAUGUUCGUGGCGCCUAUGGUGGAGGCUAUGAUAUGCCAGCCCAGGCCAUCUAUCCCAACAUACCCAUGGACCGCCUGCAGAUGCUCUUCGCCCAGUACAGACCCACCGCCUACUUGAGGACCCCCUCCUAUGGCAAUAUGAACGAGCUGUAUCGGCUGCCCGAGAGCAAGCGUCAAGUGAGGUAUCGGCAGUGCUACUUCAAUCCCAUCUCCUGCUUUAGGAAGUAAAUUUGCUACCUCACCGGAAGUGUAUCCGUACCGUAACCGAAAAGCCCUUGGAUAACAUUAACAUUUCAAGCAUUUCAAACAAAAAACAAAACCAAAUCAAACCCAGCAUGGAAUUUAGCAUAAAACCUCAGACAAAAAUCUAACGCAAAAAUGUUUAGUGCAAUUAAACUAAAGCUAAGACUCAAAACUACAUAUAUCUAUAUAUAUAUACAUCCCCCUUAUAUAUGUAUAUCGCAAAUAUAAAUGUCUAAACAAAAUACUGCAAAUAAAUGCUUCAUUGUAGUUACCAAAAAAAAAAGCAGAUCGAAG